ACUGAACUGUCGAAGGUAUCCGAAAAUUCAGCAUGGCAAUCGUUCGUUAUGGGAACUUACUGGGCUUCUGCGAAACUUGUCAUCUUAUUUGCUAUACUAUGCUAUCUAAUCAGCGGUUAUCAAUUGUCUGCUGAACGCAUUUUUGUCGCUGCAGCGCUAUACAAUUCAUCACGGUUGCCCAUUGCUUUGUUUCUGCCAUUCGCUUUUCAAAGCAUUUUUGAAUGCCGUGUUUCACUGUCGCGUCUGCAAAAAUUCCUGGAAUUAGAAGAAUAUGACGAAAGCGAUACGACAGACAAGAUUAUUGCUGAUGGCAUUGCCAAUGAUGAAACUCACAAUGAAAAGAUGCCGCUACUCAAGGUGAAGUCAGAAAGCUCGGUUUCCUCCAUUUCAGACGAUGAAAAGCCACUUGUGGAAUUAAUCAACUAUUCAUCCACAUGGAAUGCCCAGAAUCCAGCGCAUGAGGAUGCAACUGUUCUUCGAAAUAUUUCAUUAUCUGUUCGAAGGGGUCAGCUGGUGGUCAUUGCCGGAGCUGUUGGAAGCGGGAAGUCGUCACUGCUGCUUUCAAUUCUACGUGAAACACAGCGAACCUGGGGUAGUCUUCGGACUAGAGGUCGCGUAGCAUACACUUCCCAGGAAGCAUGGAUUUUCCCAGGCACAAUACGUGAUAACAUUCUUUUUGGAAACCCUUAUGUGAAAAGCCGCUAUGACAAAGCAGUGGAAAUUUGCGCCUUGAAACAGGAUUUCUCGCAGUUACCAUUUGGCGACAAGUCGAGCGUCGGUGAUCGUGGCCAAUCGCUAAGCGGUGGUCAGAAAGCGCGAAUAAGUUUAGCUCGGACAAUCUAUCAGGAUGCUGAUAUUUAUUUGCUGGACGACCCUCUGUCUGCUGUUGAUCCGGCCGUCGGGCGAUUUUUAUUUGAUAGAUGUAUAAAGAAACACCUGAGAUCGAAAGCGACCAUACUGGUAACACACCAGGUACAACAUCUCCAAAGUGCCGAUUUGGUAAUACUUAUGCGUGGAGGUGAAAUCGUUGCUUCAGGAGACUUGGAGGAGCUCAAACAAACGCAAAUUUACAACGAAAUCAUUCAGGAGACCGAAAAGUCGUACAAUAUGCAACGAACAGAAUCUGAAGGUGGUGCAAACGUACGUUCGAUAAAAUUCUCGAUUUCGGAGGGAACCGAUAACGUGUAUUCAAAAAAUGAUUCUUUGAAUGAUUUGACGCAUUCUCGCCUAAGCUUACCAAGUCCUUCAAUAUCUGCUGGAAGUUAUUCACCAAUCGCAGGAAAACAGGAAGAGGAGUUACCGUAUGUUGAAGAAGAUCGCGCACAGGGAGCUGUUCCAUGGCGAGUUUAUUUUUUGUAUAUCAGAGCGAUGGCCCAUCCGUGGAUCCUUGCCUUACUGAUGAUUUUGUUUGCUGCUACUGUACAAGCAUUCACAAACUUUAUUGAUUGGUGGUUGAACAAAUGGACGAAUGCUGCUGAAUUGGCCACGAAGCAGUAUGAGAAGGCCGAACGACAUGCGGUUCAUGAGGAAUACGUUGACCACCUACAGCUCGGUCCUUUCACAUUCAGGGAAACUCUUACGGAUUAUCGAAACGUUUUUAUUGCAAUGGUCUGCACAUUGGUUGUUGCAUCCAUUAUCAGAGCGUUCUGGUUCCGACUUACUCAAGUGACAGCUUCUCGUGUGCUUCAUGACAUGAUGUUCCAGCGAGUUGUUGGCACUCGAAUUAUUUUCUUCGAUAAAAAUCCAAUAGGUCGCAUCUUGAAUCGUUUCUCGAAGGAUAUUGGAACUUUGGAUGACCAACUUUCUUUUUCAUUUUUCGAUUUCGCAAUGGUUCGUAUUUAA